ACUGAGUAUUGAGGAGUGAGUGGUUUGUACUAAUAAGAAGAAUAUGCAUUGGUUGAAGCAAAAAGGGAACGGGAAUGGGAGCAUGAGGUCGUCAGGGAGGAGGCUGUCCCUUGGGGAGUACAAGAGGGCGGUGUCAUGGUCGAAGUACUUGGUGUCGCCGGGUGCGGCGAUCAAGGGAGAAGGCGAAGAGGAAUGGAGUGCUGACAUGUCUCAGCUUCUCAUUGGUUCCAAGUUCGCCACGGGAAGGCACAGCAGGAUCUACAGAGGUGUAUACAAGCAGAAGGAUGUGGCCAUCAAGCUUGUAAGCCUGCCUGAGGAGGAUGAGGAUCUUGCUUCUUUUCUUGAGAAACAAUUCACUUCUGAGGUCUCCUUGCUCCUCCGCUUGCGCCAUCCCAAUAUCCUCACUUUUAUUGCAGCCUGCAAGAAACCUCCUGUCUUUUGUAUAAUUACCGAAUACUUAGCCGGCGGAUCAUUGAGAAAAUAUCUGCAACAGCAACAAUCAAAUUCAGUUCCACUCGAAAUUGUUCUGAAAUUAGCCCUUGACAUUGCACGGGGAAUGCAAUAUCUUCACUCUCAGGGGAUACUUCAUAGGGAUCUCAAAUCAGAAAAUCUGCUUCUGGGGGAAGAUAUGUGUGUAAAAGUAGCAGAUUUUGGUAUCUCUUGCUUGGAAUCUCAGUGUGGUAGCGCGAAAGGAUUCACCGGAACUUACCGGUGGAUGGCUCCGGAAAUGAUCAAAGAAAAGCAUCACACUAAGAAAGUUGAUGUCUAUAGUUUUGGCAUAGUUCUAUGGGAGAUUUUAACAGGACAGACACCAUUUGAAAACAUGACACCAGAGCAAGCUGCAUUUGCAGUUUCCCACAAGGGUACAGAGGUGAGCGUACAGAUAUUCCUCCUGCAAUUAUCUCGUGCUGACAUGUGUCCAAGGGGAGCCGCAUGUGAAUGUUUGGGGAACGGUGUAACAUGA